CGCGGCGCUUCCCGCCAAAACCGGCGUGAGGGGAGCGGGAUCCUCGCCCACCAUGAGCGGGACGGUGCUGGCCGGGACCCCCAUCGCCGUGGACUUCUGGAGCCUGCGGAAGGCGGCCGGCGCUCGCCUCUUCUUCCUGUCCCACAUGCAUUCGGACCACACGGUGGGGCUGUCCAGUACCUGGAGCCGCCCGCUGUACUGCUCCCCGCUCACCGCCCGCCUCGUGCAUCACCGCCUGCAGGUGCCGAAGUGCUGGAUCCGGCCGCUGGAGGUGGGGCAGAGCCAUGUCGUGGGUGAGGUGACGGUGACGCUGAUCGACUCCAACCACUGCCCUGGCUCCGUUAUGUUCCUCUUUGAGGGUACCUUUGGCACCAUCCUCUACACAGGAGAUUUCCGCUACACGAGCGCCAUGCAGGGCGAGCCGGCGCUGAGGGGCCGCCACAUCGACCGCCUGUACCUGGACAACACGCACUGCCACCCCCAGCGGAUCCUGCCCUCGCGGGCGCUGGCUGUCCGCCACAUUGUCCGCCUCAUCUAUGCCCACCCGCAGCACCACGUGGUCAUCGGUGUGUACACUCUGGGCAAGGAGACGCUGCUGGUGGAGCUGGCGCUGGAGUUCAGCACGUGGGUGGUGGUGAGCCCCUGGCGCCUGGAGCAGAUGCGGCUGCUGGAGCUGCCGGACGUGUUCACCGCUGAGGAGGGCACGGGCUGGAUCCGCGCCGUGGAUGUCGCCGAGAUCUGCUGGGACACGGUGGUCGCCUGGAACGCGCAGCACCCCACCAUUGCCAUCAUCCCCACGGGCAGGCCCGUGAAGGUCACCCACCCCAAGAUCUACCUCGUCCCCUACUCAGAUCACUCGUCCUUUGAGGAGCUGCGUGAGUUUGUGAAGUGGCUGAAACCCUGCUCCAUCAUUCCCAUUGUGAAGGACGACAUGUGCCAGGUUUAUUUUCAGGAAUACCUGAGCUCUGCUCCCCAGGUGCUUCCUGACUUCACAGUCUCAAAGCCUGUGCAAGAGCCUGGACAGCAGCAAAGCCGAAGGAGGGGACAGAAACCCACAAGUCUCUGGAAAAGAGCCCUGGGGAGUUCUGUGCCCCGAGGGGUUGUUUAUGACUCCCCAGAGAAAAAUACUGAGAAACCUGAAGUGUUUACAGAUGUUAAAGUUCCUCAGCACUACUGUGAGCCAGCUCUCUGCUCAAAAGAACGCCACACUUCUCACAGGGGUGAGAAGGAAGAGCUGAGUGGGGAACAGCUGGGAGCAGCAGGAGCAGCACCUGUUUCCAGUGAGCACCUUGCCCCUGGACUAGCAGAGCAGUAUUUACUCACUCCCUUACACGUCCUAAAGCAGUUUUCCUCACAGAAGUUUGAUCAGCUGGUAGAAGACUUUCUUCAGAAGAAAGACACACCCUGAAAAAUCGUGUGACGUUGCUGGUGCUAGUGCAGCAGGUAGCAGUGUUUCAUUCUGCCUCAUGCUCAGGUUUACCAUUAGGAGAGAGGAGCUCACCUUUGGGGCUCUGUUUUCUUUACCUCUUUAUAGAGGACAAAGAGGACACUAGAAACCAUUUGUCUAUGGUACUUAGAAGCUUUUUUUUUUUUUUUUCUCUACAUCUGUUGUGUCCCCACACUGUGCUGGGCACUGUGGUCCCACUGUCUGUGUGCCUUGUGUCCACCUUUUGCAGUGACUUGCCCGUCCCCUGUUAGAAAAGUCACUGAGAGGCUGAUUCAGGCAGAGCUGCAGAGGGUGUGAGCUGUUUGCAGCUGAGUAAUUAAUGGGUGGAAUGUGAUUAAUGGAGCAAGGGGGCGAAUCUGAGAGCCUCAAAGAUUCUCCUUUCUGUAAGUCUGUGAUACCUCACUGAUUAUGAGCAGUUCAUUCAAAAGUGUAUUACAAAAGUUUUUUAUUAAGGUGCUUUUGAAAAAUGAUGCUAAAAGAAAUCUAGAAAAGGAAGUGCCUUGAAAUCCAAUAAUCUGUUUUCUAUCUGUUAAUCUACUGUUACUUGCAGCUUUUGCAUCCAGCCAGCCAAGUGCAGCCAAGUUCCUGCUCUCCUGAAAGAGCCAUCUCAAUGCUAAUUGGCAGUGCUUUUUCAGGUUUGUGGCUAGGAAAAGUGGGAAUUGUUUGGGUUCUUGAGUUGUAGGCUUUGCAGAUUGGGUCACUAAAUUCUCUGCAGUCUCUUGCAGCUCUGAAUUCUGUUUGAUUGCAAAGCACUCCUGGUAACUGCCAGUGUUCUGCCUGCUCUUGUCCUGCAGUGGCAAAUGGAAUGGGAAAUAAUGACACAUCUGCCUAGUGGUGGGAAGCGAUUAGUCCGAGCAGCAUUGUUUGCAAAGAUUGUGGCUGAACAGCAGAACUGGCUCUGUUAGUUGGAGGUUGAGCACUUUCCCACUCUGGAUUGGCUGCAGAGCCCCAGCCUGGCACAGCUGGGAAGUGUCUGUGGUGUGACAAACAUUGGGUACCCACUGCAGCUGACUGUGCCAAACAGCACUGCCAACGUUCCACAUUGGCCCCUCACAUGGGCAGGGCAGCUGGAGUGGAAAUGGUCACUGGGCACUGGCCUGGAACAGCAAACCAGUUUGUGCCUCAGCUCCCUUGAUCCUCCUUUUGGUGCUGUCUAGGCAAAAUGUUUCAGAAUUUUCUGAACAUAGUGUCCUACAGGGCCUUUCCAAGUGGCAGCAAGAUGGGCUGAAUUCCCUGAAUUGAGACAGAAAAGGAAGUCUGCUCUUGGAGGGAAGCCAGGCCUUGUGAAAAGCAGAGGUGCCCCUGGAUGCAGCAGUCACAAACAGGGCUGUCCAGAGCAGGGUGCUGACAGCCAGAGUGGGGAUGUUUGCAGAGCUGUUUGUGUGGCCAACGUGACUCCUGAGCGCCAGCCCUGUGCUUUCCCAGGCAUGGCAGUGUUUGUCCCUGUUACAUAAGGAGUGCCCGUCCCUGGGGCUGCCGUGCUCUGCCUGCCAGCUGCCGUGGGGACACUGGAGGUGACAAACAGUGUCCUGUGAGCUGCACACAGGGCAGCUUGAGCCUCCUGCUGUGGGCCCUGUGUCCUGCUGCCUGGAGUUUUGUGUGUGGAUGAUUUCCUGCUCAAACUCAACUGCAGAGCUCCGGCAGGUGGGUGUGAGUGGAGACACCUGCACGUUUUGUAA